AUGUUCACCUCAGGAAUCCACACGACGAGGGACUGGAGCGACCUGAGGGACCUGAGGGACCUGAGGGACCUGAGGGACCUGAGGGGAGGUGCAGAGGGGGAGGAGCUGGGGAGCGAGGGGGAGGAGCUGGGGAGCGAGGGGGAGGAGCCUGAGGAGCAGAGAGCUCCGCCCACUCACUCACACAGACACGAGCCUCCAGAGGGCGACGCUCAACAAGAAACAACCCUGUUCCCCGACGUCACUCCUCUCCUGGACUCUAAAGUUCAAAAAUCAAAGGUCGACUUGGGGAGGAGGAGGAGCAAACCCAGAACUCCUCGAUCGCUCCGACUCACGGCCGAGCAGGUGCAGGACUGGAGGAGCCAAGAACCUGCAGUGUCUCCGUUGGAGGUGGAGUCUCGUUCGUCGUUGGAGCAGCGCCCUCUGCCUGUGGGACAGAGUCUGUUCCCUGGAGUCAGUCCUGCAGAGCUCAUCGCUCAGAUAAAGAGGAAGACGUCAGAGCGCCGCCCGGAGGAGCAGACGAGCGCCGCAGACCAGUCAGAGGAACCGACAGGUGUGCCCCUGUCACACUCCCCCUGCCCCGCCCCCCGACACAUGGCAGGAGCAACCAUGGUGCUGCCCCCUGUGGGCUCCACGAGUGUCGGUUCUUCUCCUUCGUGGCUUCGAGAACUCAAGUCCAAAAAGAGAAUCCAGGACGGAAACUCAUAACCAACGUCCACGAGGAGCAGCCCUGUCACCUUCACCUGUCUGUCACCUGUCACCG